AUGGAAAGGGACCCUAAAAGUUGGUGCAGGGCAUUCUUUGAAGUGGACAGGGCUUGUGAUGCUUAUGAGAAUGGCAUAUCAGAAAGUUUCAACUCCGUUAUUGAUCUUGCUAGGAAGAGAAUACUCCUCACCAUGUUGGAAGAGAUUCGGAUUUAUGCAAUGGAGAGGAUGUAUAGAAUGCUGCUAGAGGGACAAAGUUGGGGUAAUUUAAAAAUAUGCCCGUCUAUAAGAUUAAAGAUAUCAAAAUUUUGGGGAGUUAUACCUUCUGGGCUACAAAAAUAUGAGGUUAGGAUUGGAAAUAAUGGAUAUGCUGUGGACCUUAACAACAACACAUGUGGAUGUAGAUCUUGGCAAGCAUCAGGUAUCCCAUAUGUGCAUGCAGUGGCAGCCAUUUCAUACCUCAACAGGAAUGAAGAGGAUUAUGUUGCACCAGGGUUCCAUACAACCAUGUUCUUGACUUGUUACAACCAUACCAUUAACCCACUUAAUGGUAGUUCCAUGUGGCCUGAAGCUCCCUACAUGAAGCCAUUGCCUCCUCAAAAAAGAAGAGAAAGGGGCCAUAAUAGAUCAAGAUGUCCUACUAGACGAACAGAUGUAGCAUCUACUUCAAGGCCAAAAAACAAGAAACCUAAAAAAUGUAAAAAAGAGAAAGGUAAAGUGGAACCAGUUCAAGUGGAUCUAGUUCAAGCUGAUCCAGUGGAUCCAGUUCAAGUACCAGCUCCAAAUGUUGAACCAAUUCAAGCAGAUCCAGUGGAUCCAGUUCAAGUACCACAUGUUGAACCAGUUGAUGAUCCAGCUCCACAUGUUGAACCAGUUGAUGAUCCAGCUGCACAUGUUGAACCAGUUCAAGUAGAUGAUUCACAUCCAAAUGUUGAUGUCCCUGCUCAACCAGUUGAAACUAGGAUGAGGAUACGAAAAUACUCAGAAAGAAUUACCAAGAUAGGGUUGAGGAGGAAGGUUUUGAAGAAAGAAGGAAGCACUGGACACAACACAAUGGUGUUGGAAUGA